UAUAUAAAUGGCCAGUAAGCACAUGAACAGAUGCUCAGUAUCACGGGUUACUGGGGAGAUGCAAAUCCACAAUUCUCUAGGAUGGCUGUCGUCAAAAGACACAAGUGUUAGAAAGUGUUAGAACCUUUGCUGGUAAGAAUUUAAUUAUGCAGCUGCUUUGGAAAACAAUUUUUUUAAACUGUGCUCAUAAAGUUGAACAACUAUGACUCAGCAGUUCUAUUCCUAGGUAUGAAAGAACUGAAAACAUGUACACAAACACGAGUACAUGCGUAUUUAUAGUUGCAUUAUGCAUAACAGCCAAAAAGUGGCAACAAGCCAUGUCCAGCAGCUGAUGAACGUACAAACAAAACUCACUGUGUAAACUGGGUAGCUUCGAAGUCACGGCGAACCUCCUGCCUCAGCCUCCUGAGUGCUAGGAUUGCAGUUGUGUGCCACCGAGCCUGGCCACAAACAAUAUAUUUUUAAUAGAAGUCUUUUGUUGCUUCAUUAGAAUAUCACAGAUUGACCUUAAUAAUCCUCGAUCUUGUUUCUACAGUUGGACAGUUCUUAGAUGUUACUCAUCAGCCCGCUGAGCUCUUCUUGUUUCAGGGACAUAGAUGCCAUCCCCAAGUUUUCGCAUACUGUGUGCUUGUUUAACUGUUGUAGCUGGCCGGCUCAAAGCAGCUGAAUGUGAAACAAGCUCAAUGUUGUUGCCUUCAAGGAUGAACUCUGCGGGGCUGCCUGUUCCCGGGGACGCCGUGGCGCCGGAACGCGCGCUUCCCCAGAGCCUCAGUUUCCUCAUUUGAGAGACCGCGGCCGCCGCACUGUAGCUACUUCCCCGGGUCGCCGCGGGAGGCGUCCACGCGGGUCAGCGGCGGGCGUCUGCGGCCCAGGGCCGGAGGGAGGCGCCUUGGCGUGGCGAACUUGGCGGGGUUUCGUGCCCGCCCUCCGGCUCGGGCUCGGCGGGGCCCGGGACGGUGGGUCAGCCCCUCUGGCGGCCGCCGUUGGCUCCCCCGGGCCACCCGCCGCUCGGCUCCGCUUCUGCACCGGGCUUACGUGGGACGCGAAUGUGUCCUCUGCUCAGGGCGCUUACGAGGAGCGUUUGUGA